UUUCCCCAGAAUUUUGUUACCCUUGUUCGGUGACUCUUGCAUAACAAAAAAAAGAAAAAGAAAAGGAGCUUCACCACUCCAGAGUUAUGUUGGCAACUUGCACUACUAUGUGAAUCUGUUAAAAGAAGAUGGUACGCGUAUUAGAAUCAAGGGGGAAAAAUAACAGGAAGAACAGUAAAUUAGGGCCUGAUGGAUUAAAUUAGUGGUAGUUGACUUUAUUAGGGGAUAAAUAGCGAUAGACAUGAAUCAGGUUUAGAUAAAGUCAUACUGAAACUUUUAAGUGGUAUACAUAGACAAAUGCUGUCAUAUGUACGUACAUACAUACACAUCGGGAAUGGGACGAAAAAUUAUUCAGAGUAAUCACGUUAAACUGAUGGCGUGAAUAUUUAAUUAACUAAAUACUGGAUGUAAUUUGUGAUAGAUCUGAAUUUUUAGUUUCCUAUAUUAAUUUUUGUAGUUCCUUGGUAAGUUUGUAUGGAUAGAUGGAUGGAUGGAUAGAUAUUUUAUUGAUAAAAAAAAUACUUAAAAGGAUGUCUGGGUAAAGAUAACGUGAAUGGCUUGAGUAUAAUUGCAUCCACACCCACAUUUAGCACAGUGUAAGGUUAAUAAUAUGAAAUAACUGUCAAGGAGUCUCUAUGAUUGGAAAUAAUAAGUUUUGUAAUACUUUUUUUUCGUGUGUGUCUUAGUGGAGUCCAAAUAUUUAUAGAAUGAGUUGAUCUAAGCAAAAUAUUUAUAGAAUAGUUUGAUCUAAGAGUAUUUGAGGGUUAACUGGUAACAAUAAGACAGCAUAAUUACAAAAUAAAAAUCCCUUGCGAUUCUAUUACUCGUGGCGAAAGACUCAGUUAUUUUACAGAAGAUAGGGAAUUCACACACACAAAAAAAAGAUAAAAUAAAAUAAAAUAAUAAUAAUUUAUCAAGAACCAAUGAAACCGCAAGGGGAAAACUCACUCGCGAGGGAGAUAGUCUUAAGAAAAAAACAACAAAUAACAAAAAAAUCAAGGGAAUUAUGAAAGUAACUAGCCCAAUAAUUCCCAGACACUGAACGUUUAUUUCUGGACAAAAUACGAGGCUUUCUUCCCCCCAUGAUCUAUACAAUGAAAUAAUUAAUUGUGAAAUCCAUUAACUGAAUGAGCCUAAACCAAACCUAAGCCUCCGAUAAAAACGCUAAUAUUAUUCCAAAAUUGCCCACAAUAUAUAAAACCACCAUAACGAAAAAGAAAGCCAUACAAAAAAAAUAUUUCCCACAAUUCAUCACCACCACCAUCACCACCACCAGCCAGCAGAUCCGCCAUGUGUUACCAGUUGGCGUGUUGAAUAAUUUCCUUGCUUUAUUUUGUACCAAGUCCUUUUUCUUAAGUGUUCCCAUAUCCACCGUAGAUUCUGUGCAUAGUGCAGAUUGCUUCCAGCGUAUCUGACUGGAGGAACCGUGCGGGGUAACCAGAGGAGAGACAAAAGAAGAGGUUGCAGGUCCCAGGCAGCCAGUCAAGUGCUUAGCCACCCAGUCAGCCACGCAGUUUUGUCUUUAUGAUAGAACGAAACACCGCAGCUUCUUUGAAAGGAGGAGCUGAAGAUGCAGAAUGUGGCCGACACCUGAGAAUUGUCAAGAAGGCAGCGAGUCAGCAGUAGUGUGGCCAAAACCAACCCAUACUGUCCCUCUCCCCCCUUACUCUCAACCCCCUCCUCUCUACCCCGCACCCGCCGCGCCCCCGCUCCCUAGGCAUGCAUCGUCCUUGACAGUAGGACGCCCCCCACCCCCACCAUAUUCUGCAGUCCAUAGUGGUAAUGCAGCAGUAAGCGCUGUCUCCCCGUCAGCGACUAACUACCGCUAUCCCGUGAGGCAAGGGUGGCCCGGCGCCCAUCACGCUGUGGCAGGCAGGUGGGGAGGCGGUGGCGCCAGGGGAGGGAAUGGUAGUGGUGGUGGUGGUGGGGGAGCAGCAGGGUGGGUGGACUCCCUCCCGUGGCGGAUGACACGGCAACUGCGCCACCACGAGGCACGACCACCGCAGCAAAGGUACCACCAACCCCACUAUCCCAACUGGCAGUCCCGCCCCUCCCAACAACAGCACCAGCAGCAGCAGCAACAGCAGCAGCAUGAGCUACAGCCGCUACAACAGCACCAGCAACAGCGGCAGCAGCAUCAACAACAACAACAUCAAGAACGACGACAGCAGCAAUACCAGCAGCAGCAGCAGCAGCAGCAGCGGCAGCAGCAGCAGGUGCAACAACAACAGGUGCAGCAGCAGCAACAGCAGCUGCAGCAGCAACAACAGCAGCUGCAGCAACAACAACAGCUGCAACAGCAACAGCAGCAGGUGCAACAGCAGCAGGUGCAACAACAGCAACAAAUACAUGUACGAUGGGAAAAACAGCUACAACUACAGCAGCAGCAGCAGCAGCAACAACAACAACAACAACAACAACAACAACAACAUAAACUACAACAUAAACUACAAGAAAUGCAGCCGCAGCAGCAACAACAACAACAACAACAACCACAACCACAAUCACAGCAACUGGCACAACAGAAAUUACUCACAAACCAGGGAAGAUUGAAGCAAGUACUCGGACAAAUGUUGCAGGAGCGGAGGCUGUCACAUCAGAAGGUGAGCCGUGACGACAUGCAGCAGCUGAAGACAGAAUACAAACGGAGACAAAAACAGAAAUACCUCGCACAGAAUUCCCCGCGAACAGAACAAGUGUUGCAGCAGCCAGUGAUGCCAUCAACACCACAGAUCUCUCUACCACACCCCACACCACCCGAGCAGUUGAUGCUGACACCACCACCGAUUACCCCACCACGGACAACACCGCCACACCCAGCACCACCACACCAAGUAUCACCGUCACUGAAACACCCAACAUUUCUUCCAACAUCACCCACUCAGCUCCCGCCAUCACCACUCCCAUCAGAGCCACUGCCUUCACCGUCACCAUCACCUCCACCACAACCACCACAACGACCGCAGCGGCUGAUGCCCAAACUCCACUUACUGCCACAGCACAUGCUUCCACAGCGGCUGAGAGGCGUGCGUCUUGCAUCACCCCCGCCAGCACCACCACCACCGUCACCACCAUCAUCAUCAUCAUCAUCAUCAUCAUCAUCAUCAUCAUCAUCAUCAUCAUCAUCAUCACCACUACUACCACCACCACUACCACCAUCAUCACCACCACCACCACCACCACCACAGGAAAACAAUAAUAAAAGACAACAUCAGAACUCAACAUCUUCCCCUAUCACUCCACCUCAGCACCAUCCUGACCUAACCCUCCGCAAGUCAGCACCUCAGCACACCAGCCCAGCCAUCUCUCCUCUCCAGCCCUCAGCCCCUCUGAACAAUCCUACUGUGUCUCCCACUCAGCGCUCAACAUAUAAUUACUCACCACCUUGCCACACCAACCCCAUUCGCCACUCAGCACCUCAGCACACCCUCUUUCAGCACCCAGCACCCUCUCUGAACCACCACACUAACACAUCUUGGUCCAAUUUCACAUCAGCACAGCAGUGUCCACCAUCUCGCUUACCUCAGCACCAGUCAACACCACCUCAGCAUCUCUCAGCGUCAUCUCCAUACCACUCAGUACGCCACCAAAUAGCAUUACCUCAGCAGUCAGCACCACUUCAUUAUCGAUCACCAUUACCACCAUUCCAGUCAGCAUCACAUCAACACCGCUCAGCAACACCUUGGCAUCAGUCACCACUACCUCAGCAUCAAUCACUGGUCCCUCGACACCCACAAGAGGUCACGAGUCAGGACCUACCAACUCAGCACAUUUCAUCUCCACUUCAGCAUCAGUCAGCACCGAUUCAGCAUUGCUCAAAGCCUCCUGUUUGCUCAGCACUCCCUCAAGACUCUGCUCCAGCAUGCCCUCAGCUUACUGUGCCACCUGCUGAGCUCCCCAAGUCAAUACCUCUGCAAACCCAGUCAGUACGUCAUCCUAGCCAGUCAAUGCAUCAGCCUAGCAAGUCAGCAUGUCAAUCUAGCCAGUCAGCGCAUCAGCCUAGCAAGUCAGCAUACCCUAGGAAGGCUGCAGCACCUAGGAGGAAGGGCUGGGACUCGUGGCAAGCACCCAAACGUGUCAGGAAGAGUUUUGGCAAGUUUGAAAGGGUGCUCUUGAAUGAUGAUUUUGAAGGAGACUCCUCUCUUUUAUCAUUGUCCUCCUCCACCAGGGAAGAGGAGGAGAUGGAAGUGGCGAAGACUGUGGAGGAUGUGGAGCAUUCAAGGCUCAAGGAUUGUCAGGAUGCUAGGAGUGUCACCAUCACCACUGCAGCCUCUUCUUCCACUACUGUCAUCACUACUACUGCUGCUUCUGCCAUUAUCACCACCACUACUGCAACACCUGCCACUACAAACACCAUUCCCGCUGCUACUGCCAAAGUGACCACCAUUUCUGCUGCUUCUGCCACUGUCAUCACCACUACUGCUGCCCUUGCCAACAACAACACUACCACUACUGCUAUUCAAGCCACCAUGAUGACCUUUCCUGCAGCCACCACCACCACCAUCACCACUGCUACUGUUGUCCCCACUUUCCUCACCACAACCACCACCUACACCAAUUCUUCAAGCCACACCAUCACUUCUUCCACAUCCUCCUCCUCUGAGAGUUUGGUUUCGUACAUCUGCACCACUCAGACCACCUCCACGGUACCGGAAGUUCCUGUAUCUUCUAACAUUCAUCCUCCUCUCCCUCAUCAUCCCUCUUCCCUUCCUUCACCUCUCUUAAAGCCACUCCCACCACAUAUCCCCUAUGCCAUUUGUCCUCCCCCUCCCCAACUACCACCACCUCCACCACCUGACACCACAAACGAGUCCUCACCACCUGAGGAAACUGCCACUGCCACCACAGGUCCUCAGAAAGUGGUGGUUGGUGAGCCAAUGAAGCAUGUUAAGUUGAGCUGGGUGGCCUGUAGUAAGGUAUUGCUGAGCAGGUCACAGAUUGAGUACAUUCGUCGUGUGACUGUCUUAUCACCUAACCUUGUGCUCCCUUGUUUCGUGUGUUGUCAGGUAGUGAAGAGCCUGUCUCACCUGUUCAUAGGCCAGUUGUACUGUGUCACCUGUGGAGCCACCAUCGCCACAUGUAAGGAAUUCCAAACCUUCAGCACCUUGUCAGGCCCGUGCACUGGCCAGAAGUGGAGAGGUUGGCAUUGUGGAGGAGAGGCAGCAAGAAGGCCACAUGACCUGCUGGCUUGGAAGAAUGACCCUGUGGAUCUUCUGGCCUAUUACUCCCAGCGCUUAGUGGUAAACAGGUUCAACAUCUUGCCCUCCACAAUCACUGUGUUGCAGCAGAUGGCAGAACUCAUACGCUGCUACCGUCCCCUGAUAUACUUAGAGCCUUGGUCACCCGCCCUACAUCGCUGCAUGCACUACAUCAAGGGCAUGUUUGGUACCUACCCAGACACCUCUGGCACUGCCCCAGUAACACCUGAGGCUCCAUCCAAACGUACCUCACCCCCACAGCAGCCUGCCACAACCCCACAGCAGCCUGCCACAACCCCACAGCAGCCUGCCACAACCUCACAGCAGCCUGCCACAACCCCACAGCAGCCUGCCACAACUCUACAGCAGCCUGCCACAACCCCACAGCAGUCUAGUGCAUCCCAGUCACAGCAUCGUACAGUCUCAUUCCAGUGCAGCAGUACGGCCUUAAUACAGCCUGUCACAACCCCUUCGGAAUCUAGCACAGCCCGCUCUCAGGUAAAUGCAGUGCCGUCACAGUCUCACACAGCCCAAGCCCAGCCCAGCCUACCAGAACCAGAGCACCAAGUGAGAGAAUCAGUAAAGGUUAGUGAGACCAGAAGGAAACGGAAACGAGAACAGGAGGACAAAAAGGUAAAAAGAACCAUCAGGAGAGGAGACAAAGGAAAGCAGCGGAGAAGAGGAAGAGAAAGAGAAGGAAGAAGGAAGGAGCCUGAAAACAUUGAUACUUGGUCUCCCAUCAAACAGAGGAAAGCUGAGAUCCUGCAAGAAAGAAUUGCCUGUUUGGGUACUUCUGCCACUCCUCCUCCUCCUACCCUCCCCAGAGAGUACUACGAGCAAGAGGAGAGGGCAAGGCAGAGAAAUGAAGGAGAAGAGGACAAGGAAAACGUGUGUCAGAUUGAGAGACCAGAGAACACAGUAUCAGUCUCAGGGAAGGAAGAUCAGGUUGAGCCACCAAACCAGAAUAAGGGAGGACCAGUGGAUGACGUGGAGGUUAAGGAGGAGGUGGUGGAGGAUUCAGUCGAGGGUGAAGACAAGGAUGAGAUUUUCUGGAAGGAGGGAGACAUGUGGUUUUCUAAGGCCCUGGAAACCCUGAGGAAAUACACAGCAGAAAAAUCAAAAGCUUCCUCUUCUACGUCUUAUUCAGCGUCUUCAUCUUCCCUCACAUCUCCCUCUUCCCCUCCCCCAUCUCCCAGUUCUCCCCUCACAUGCCCAACAUCCCCUGACACUUCACCCAUGCCUGCCUCUGCACCCUCAUGUCACCUUGCCCUGAACACUCCCAGGAAUACAAAGGACAAAAUCAAUAGUGAUAGGGAACUUGACACCUGGCAAGCCCCAUCACCACUACCACCAGCACCACCACCACGAUUCUCUCCUCUUCCUGUGUCUCGUACUCUGUCUCCUCCUCCCAUUAUUUCCUCCACCCAGGGUGCCAUGCCUUCAGUUGUGACCCUGGAGGAGGAGGAGGAAGGGAACUCGAAGGAAGAUGAGGAAGAGAAAGAGGAUAGCAAAAUGGUGAUGCAAGAGGAAAAAGUGAUAAACCAAGAGGAAGGGGCAUUCAUGAUUGAGGAUGAAGACAAGAACAUGGAGGAGACACACCAAGAGGAAGAGGAAGAAGGAGCAUUAAUGAUCGUGGAAGAUGAGGACAGGGACUCAGAGGAAGAGGUGGUGGUGGUGGUGGAGAUACAGGAAAAGGAGAAUGAGGAUGAGGAAGGGGUGCUGGUAAUUGAGGAGGACAAAGACGAUGAUAUAGAGGAGGAGAGGAGCAAGGAGGAGGAGUACGGAGAGCUGUUGUCGCAAACCUACAGUGAGAGUCAGCUGGAGGAGGUGGUGGAGGUGGUGUCCCUGGUGCAAGCCGAGGACAAGUGGACAUUCGAAGUCGAGGCUGUGGUCACCAGCAAGAGGAAAGGUCAAUAUACCUGGAAGAGACACACCUGCACCACACCUACCCCCACACACCUGAACCAGCAGUGGUGACUCAGGAAUGCUGAACCUGGUGUGUGGUGAUGCAUAGUGCUGUGGUGGUGAGUCAGAGGAUGAAACCGUAAACCACAGUUGUUCGUGCACACAUGAAUGUGGAGCAGCAGUGAUGACUCAGAGAUGUCAAAGCUGGUGUUGUGUUGGAUGGUGAUGUUGAAUAAAUAGGAAUAGGAAUUUUACGGUAUACACCUCUCUUGCUCCCACAGGCUUGAAAUAGACCAACUUUGGUGACUGAAUAAUGUUGCUUGAUGUUGUGGUGUUAUGUUGGUGAUGAGGGAGAAGAACCUGUAUGCCAUUCUUGUUCCCAUAAACCUGUCAGAAAUGUUGGACUUGGUGUGCGUUGUGUGGUGAUGAUGGUGGUGUGUGUACUUAGGUGUUGAUAGAAGCAGGGGGAGUGAGAGCAGUAGUGAGAGGGAGUGAGCGUUACGCCCUUGAAGGAGACCAGUAAGAGGGAGUCAUGAUGUAUAUUUUAUCUCUGGUUUUCUUUGAUUUUUUUACAUUUUCCUCCUCCUCCUCUUCCUUGAGCUGUUUUUUUUUUUUUUUCUCCCCUGCGUCUCUUUCUAGAUUAAUUUUUCUAUUUCCAUUACAAUCUUUCUCUCUCUCUCUCUCUCUCUCUCUCUCUCUCUCUCUCUCUCUCUCUCUCUCUCUCUCUCUCUCUCUCUCUCUCUCUCUCUCUCUCUCUCUCUCUCUCUCUCUCUCUCUCUCUCUCUCUCUCUCUCUCUCUCUCUCUCUCUCAUAACUUAACAAAAACAUUCAUGAUUGAUAAAAUGCUCAAUAUUUGCUCAGGUUACGAUUCCUUUUAAGUUGCGUGGCUAGCAGGCGUCGUCAUCAUCAUCAUCAUCAUCAUCAUCAUCAUCAUCAUCAUCACCAUCAUCAUCAUCAUCAUCAUCAUCAUCAUCAUCAUCAUCAUCAUCACCACCACCACCACCACCACCACCACCACCACCACCACCACCACCGACAUUGUCACCACCGGUUCUGUUUAUUGUGUUCAUCCAUCCAGUCAUUCAGUCCGUCCUUUCAUUUAGUUAAUUAAUUUGUGUUUUCAGUGCACACACACACACACACACACACACACACACACACACACACACACACACACACACACACACACACACACACACACACACACACACACACACACACACACACACACACACACACACAUCAGUCCAUCUGUCCUUCAUCUACCAAUUUACUAACAAUUUAUUAAUUUCAUUUAAUAGUUUAGAUGAAGCUUCGUUGACAGGUGGCAUAGGUGGUGGUGGUGGUGGAGGUGGAGGUGGAGGACAGGUGAGCCGCACGAGGACAGGUGUAUUAAUGAGAUGUGAAACUAGUCCUCUCAAUCUACCAUUCACCCAGGUAUUUAGCACCUUUAAUGGAUCUCCACACACGUACCUGCACUAUUUAAUUUAAGCAUCCUGGGUUUUACUUUUAGUUCUUUGUGUAUUGAAGUCAAAUGUUUCAGUUUGUGAGGUAUAAAGUACGUACCUUUAUUGUAUGGAUUUUGUAUGUGCCUUUUGUGUAUAAAUUGAAAUUACGUACCUGCAGCAUUUAAAGUAACCUGGUCAUCACUUUCAUUUGUGUACCCAAGUGAGGCGUUUCAGUUUGGAAGGUCAGACUUACUGGUUGAUCUCUGUACGUAUAAAUAUGAAUUUUCGUUUUGUUUCCUUUGCUUUCGUAAUCCUGUUCUUGUGCAGUGUCUGAGAGUGGGAGACUUGUCUGGCCACGCUGUUCUUGAGAAUUACCAGGAAUAUCACCCAGGGUAGAUUCUUACUGCCAAUGAUUAUCUUGCCCAGUAUUGCAUAACAGCGGCGGGUGAGGAAGACAUGCUGUAGAAAUUCAAGCUUUUGUUUUUUUCUAAUAUUCCAGUUGUGUACGUUCAUAUUUAAGUUAGUACAUUUUGUAAGUAACAUGUUGUGUUCGGAUUAUAAGGAAUUUUCUUUGUUAGAAGGUUGUAUUGAAUAUUUUGUACACAUUUUGUGAAGAAUAAAUGUAUGAUUUAUA